AGGUAGAUACGCCCAUGUUGACAACCACGGCUUGCGAAGAUAUCAGCCAGACGUUUGUCGUGCAAACCAAGGGCUGUGUCACCGCGGCCUCCGAAUCAAGUGAUCACAUCCGUCUCACAAGCAGUGCUCAGCUUCAUUUGGAGGCUCUUUCUCUCGGAAUGAGCAAGGUAUAUACCCUGGGCCCCGCUUUUCGUGCCGAGGCGUCUCACACGCGACAUCAUCUGGCCGAGUUCUACAUGCUGGAGGCCGAAUCCAUCCAUUUGGACACCGUGGAUCGCUUGUGCACGGAAAUUGAAGCAAUGGUUCGUUCGUUUUUAAGAGAAUUUUGCCUUUCUAUACAGUCACCUCCUGUGCUGUCGGAUGGCGAUUCGACACAAAACGACGCAGUCCCUUCCGAUCAACAGCUUGACCUGGCACUAGUGCUCUCCACCCUGUGUGAAGGCAACCAUUGGACAAAACGAAGACUCUCUGAACUCCCGAUUUCAUCGCUCAUCACACAACUGUGCUCCAAGGUCGAUGCUGUUGCCGCAAAACCAUUUCCACGGAUAACCUAUUACGACGCUGUAAAUCAUUUGACCACGAAAUUCGGAUCCAGGAAUUCUCUUUACGACUUUAGCAAAGAUGAAGAACGCCAUAUUGUUCAAUGGUUCGGGGGUGGAUUGCUCCCCGUAUUUGUCACACACUUUCCGACUGCUUUGAAACCUUUUUACUGCCGUUCACUGGAUGGAACCGUUUCCGAGUCGGUAGACUUGCUAUUUCCCGACGUCGGCGAAUUGGUUGGUGGUAGUGUGCGUGAAUGCGAUGCUGAAGCUUUACGCAAUCGCUUAUCGUCGCAGACUGGCAAUUCUUCUGCUCUACAAUGGUAUAUUAACCUCCGUGGCUCAGGUAGCGCACCUCAUGGGGGUUUCGGAUUAGGUUUUGAACGGUUUAUGCAAUACGUGCUGAGUGUGCCAAAUAUUCGGGAUGUUAUCCCAUUUCCACGUGACAUAAAUAGGAUUGAUUUAUAAACUUAUGCCUGUUUGGGUCUUGGACAGUUUUGUCAUUUCGGCUAUUAGCGCAUUAUUCUUUACACAUUUUCCAUUUGGGAAUAUUCAUCGUGGAACGACUGAGCCUUGAAGAUCGCUCGCGUACCUCGCUUUUUCGCUGAACUUCGCCGAGUUGCAGUUUCAUUCUACUUCGGAGCCUCUUCUACCAUCAUCAUCAUUAUACAUGUUUGCUACAGGUAGAAAACACCUCAGUUACUGUGCCGUAAUACAUAAAAGAAAGUAGCAUACAACGAAU